AUUAUUUUAAACAUUACGGGAUGGUUCGGUAAUGAUUCGGUUCGGAUUUUAUGUCCGCCUCUAUAAUUUUGAGAGAGCUUGUAUUUACGCUAGGGGUGCAAACGAGCCGAGCCGAGCCCGAUUUUCUACAGGCUCGAGCUCGAGCUCAAAAUAUAUAGCAUCGGCUCGAGCUCGGGCUCGGCUCGAACGAGCCUACAAAAUCGCGGCUCGAACUCGACUCGCAAAAGGCUCGGUUCAACUCGAUUCGGCUCGAGGCUCGGUUCGGCUGAUGCUCCAUAAUCAGUCCGUAAUUUACGCAUGUAAUUUCUCCAAUAAUUUUUCUGUUUUCCCAUUGUCUUUGCGAGUUCCACAGAGCAAGUGAGCAAAUCAAUUUCAAUUCAAAUUUCUAAUUUUGGUUAACUCGUUUUUCUUUCAUCCUCUCAACCGUAUGAACUAAUGAAAGGAACACAUUUUUGAUAUUUUUGAUGACAGCCUGAAAAACGGAAGAUAACGUUGAAAUUGGGGUCGCUAAAUUGCAUGAGAGUUUUUGUAAGUUGGGGUGUGGGCAUUCCGUCCUAGUUCAUCCCAACACUGAUUAUUCGUUCAAUCAAUACCACUUUACUGUAUAGUUUGUCUCUUCUGCUAGAGAGAAUGGAUCACGAAGGGGUAAAUCAAUUGACGAGACAGAUGAGUCUGAAGAAAUCUUUCAGAUUGGGAAUACAAGCGUCUCUCGCUGCGUGUUCCAAGGAGGACUUCCGCAAAGCUUUCUCAAGCUUCAGCCCAAGGGAGCAGGAAUACAUUCAUCACUUCUUUACGCAGGUUGCUUCUUCUAUUCAAGAAAGUAUCGAGAUAGACUUUGAAGAUAUCUGCCGGGAAAAAGAGGUAGAAAAAGUUCUUGAUACUGUGGAACUUCUUGUGGAAGAGCAUCGCUUGGACCCACUAAAGAGUAAUUCUUCUGAAGAAGUGCUGAAGCAUCUGUUAGAAAUAAAAAAGCUUGAGGUCAACCGCUUGAUGGGCAUGGUGGAACAGGCAGAAGAGCGGAAGAAACUUAUCAGUUCUCGUAUUGACUUCUUAAAGAACGAUAAGGUAGAUUUAUCAGGCGCUACAGAUUUGCUGGAAAAGUUAAGGUCAUUGACUUCGAGCAACACCACAUGCAAUUAAUCCUCGAGUUAUGUAUGAACAACAAGUAAUUGUUAUGAAUUAGGAAAGCUGGACUUUAUGUAUUAACUUUGUGUGGGCAUGUCUCGAAGCUUUAUACAUCAGUUCAAAUUAAACCCAACUUAAAGCCUUCAACUGCACUUUCUUUUCCCAUUUUGUCCAUCCAAUUCUGAUCCUAAAAUCAAAGUUAUCACGAGCUUUGCCCCAAGCUAAAAC